UAGAAUUAUCUGUUUACAAUUUCUCCGUCUUUCUCAUCCGCGGCUGAGUGCUCUGUUCCGGUUUGACCAUCUUAUCAUCAUUAAUUAUCAGGUUAAGCCACCUUUACUUGGGACUUGAACCGUGUCUCUAUCCAUGUAUUUGGGUCAUUACACAGCAGAAGUCACGAGUCUUUCUACCAAAGCUACAGAGAAAGAUGUCGAUGAGUUUUUCUCUCACUGUGGUGAAAUUGAACAAGUAGAGAUCAUCAGAUUGAGUGAAUAUGCUUCUAUAGCCUAUGUUACGUUCAAGGAUAGUUAUGCACUGGAAACUGCCAUUUUACUCAGCGGAUCCACUAUACUAGAUCAAUGUGUUCGUAUAUCUCGCUUGGAAGCCCAUGUAGAUGAAGACGAUCCUUGGAAUAACUAUAUAGAUAAGGUGGAGAAUGGAAGCAGCUCUGCGGUCCAUACAAAUCAGUUUGUUUCAACUCCUGGAGAAGCUGUGACCAUGGCACAGCAGGUAGUUGAAACCAUGAUAGUGAAGGGAUAUCAACUAAGUAAGGAUGCGCUAACCAAAGCCAAAGCUUUAGAUGAGUCUUAUCAUGUGUCAUCUACUGCAGCAGCAAAGGUGGCAGAUCUCAGCAAGAGAGUUGGGCUUACUGAUAAAAUUCAGUCUGGCUUGGAGACUGUUAAGUGCGUGGACGAGAAGUACCAUCUUUCUGAGCUUACCAUGUCCGCUGCAUCUUAUACAGGGAAAACAGCCGUAGCUGCUGCAACCGCUGUGGUUAGCAGCAGUUACUUCUCCAAGGGAGCUUUUUGGGUUUCAGAUGUUCUGAAUCGGGCUGCCAAGGUCGCUGCUGACUUGGGUAACAAUGGUGUCAAAAAAGAAACAGUUCCUAUAGAAAUGAACCAAAUUGGUAAAUAGGGCUGACACAAUGUCUGCCCACAUGGAAUUGUCCAAAGGUGUAAGCUGUCCAUGGAGACAUGAAUGUGAAUAUGAACAAUUUUAGCUAGUUGAAGCAGAGUGCACAACAUGGUGUAACAGGAUUCAUACUUAUGGUAACAUGUUGGUAUUGUGCAGUCAUUACCGUGGUUUAAUCAAUUUGAUUUCCUCUACUCACGGGAGUACAAUGUAAGUAAUACGCUUGAUUGCAUUACAAGUUGAUCAUACAUGUCAUGCUUUUCAGUGAGCUGGUAUUUUAUCAUUCAUUAAUCUACGUGUUAUUGACAAA